AUGAUGGAUGCCACUUCUUUUGCUAAUAUGAUCGCCGACCCUCGCGAGGAUGAUUAUAUGUUGUCAGCGAAAACGCCAACACAAUUUCCGAAAGAGAUACCCCAGAUGCUGGAGAGCAACAAUUUCCCCAGCAUGGGAUACAGCGACAGAGACGAUUUUGCGAGAUAUAUCGCACCCUUGGACGAUGAGUUUGGAAUGCAGCUUGAAGGAGGCGACAAUAAUCUAGAUUGGACCACGAUCUCGAAUCACAUUCUACAUCAGCCUCCUUCACAUCCUGUAUCUGACCUUGAUGAAGAGAUCGAAAGCCUCCUCUUUCAAGAUAUUGCUACCAGGCGCCAAGCCAACUCCGACGCCCGUCGGAGCCAUUCAUUAAGCUCCGCGCCCACCAAUAGUGUGCAAGAAUCAUCUGCACGGAUUUCUCGAUCGAAGAAUGGAUCUACAAUCAGGAACCCUCGCAGGCAAAACCAUUCGUGCGACCAGUGCAGGUCAUCUAAAAAAGCAUGCAAUUUACCUCUCCCCGUUGGGAUUAGUGGACAAAAGCCCUCGACACCUUGCGCAACUUGCAACGCGCGCGGCCUGGAGUGUACCGUCGCAUGGAUCUCCAGCAAAAGGUCCGAAAAGCAGACAAGGAAGAAAGCAAGAACUUCCCCAGGUAGUCAUGCGCUCAAUGCGACAGACCUGAGCAUCGUCGCAGAAGAACAUCAAAGAAUCGACGAUACACUCUCCCGAUCUGGAAGUUUAUCGACAUUGGAAGGCGACUUAGCCCGACAGCUUACUGCGCGUGAAACAUGUCUGCAGCAAUUCAACCUGUAUGUUGAUGUCUGUGAUAUGCCGCUAUCGCAAUGCCUUUUGCAGGGGAGCAUGCCGCCCCGCUACUCUCUGGGGAUUGCCGCUUUGGCACCAUUAAGCAACAGUGUCCAUUUGAACACUUAUCUCGAGAAAACGAAUAUGUGGAUGGAGAGCUGCUGGGAAUUAAAUUCCAGUUCGUGGUCCUUGACUGCCGUGGCACCACAUACCUUUCGAACAGUUAGUCUCCUCGACUCUCUGUUCCAAGAAAAGUGCACGGAGCACUUUCGCCCGUCACCAUCGCGUGAUGCCUCAAUCAACGAAUCCUACAAAUGGACUGCAAUAGCAACUGCUGCUCAAUAUGCUGUCCACAAGAGCCAGAGACCAGGCGGGGGACAUAGCCACGAUCUUGCACUUGCUACGUGUUACAAGGCCCAGAAGAUGGUCUUUAAGAAUAUCGCAGCAUCUGGAUCAUUUCGGCAGUCUUUGUCGUUGAUACUCUUCGGCCUCAUUUUGCGCCCAAAAGGUGACCUUGACGAUGAUACCAUAGAUGAAGACUCCCGGUUUGCUCUGUGUGAAGGGAUUCGCCGCCUUCAUAGUCUCUGCACCCGGGCACAUGAUUAUGUUCGUGAAAUGCAAGAGGACAAUCCAAUGCAAGACGAAAGGGGAUUGUCAACACUCGUUGAGAAGUUUCCAUCUGACGUGACUGCGAAUGUUCUGGAAUUAAUAGGGGCGAUAUCAUGGUUGACAGACAUGAUGAACUCUACAAUAAUCGCCGCGUCGCAUGGGGAAAUCUCCCCGAUGGAUCUCGCUAACUGUGGUCGCCAUGCUGAUAUUCCUCAAAUACCUCUCUUCUCGCCACCCUCUCCCCGAAACAAUACUUUGCCAGUUACAGAAAAGGAAAACCAAUUAAUUGAUGACUCGAUUCUAUCUCGCGCCAUUUCGUCGGAGCAGACGUUGAUGACACUUCGGCGCUAUGACAUUUCCGAUGCCAGAUUGGAAUAUACAGUGAGACAAUCAGGCUCACUUGUGAUCCUUCUUUGGAAGUCACUGGCUUCCUUAACACUGGCCGAGAAGGCUGUCCGAACAGGAAAGGUCGACUAUGAAAAGCUUCACUGGAGCUAUGGAACGACUAUGAAGCUUGUCAAGCUGUGGAGAACGACAUUUGGAACCUUUGAUGGUCCAACUACAGCAUUUCUCGAACAGUCAUCCUCGGAGAUUCGACAUAUGGUUGCUUUCUGUUUGAAUGAUGGCGAUCUAGCAGUUCUUUUGUUUCAUGAAACAACAAAGCAGCUUGAGAUGAGCCUCUCUCAGCUGCCCUCGACACCUGAAAGGGAAAGGCUGCGCGCCGUUCUUCAAUUUGACAGAUCAGUUCGACAAGAGCAACGGCUCAUGAGUGCAGCUCAAGUAUCUACCAUGGCCUCGAUACGGCAUGGGGUUUCAGGCCCUGGCUUCCAGGGCGUUAGUGGCCUGAAAGCAUGUGUUCAAGACAUUUGGCCACAUCCUUAUCCUACCUUGGUCGUGCAAGCACAUACGUUAUCAGCCAAGGCUCUCGCGGAACAGGUGCCUGUCCGAGUCAAUGAAAUGGACAUGAAAGGGGCCUCUGAGAUGUCGACAGGACUGGAAACCUGCCUGCAGGCUUUGCGAGGGCUUCAGGAAACUCUUGUCGUUUUCCCGGAUGUAUCGUGCUACAACAGCCAAAUAGUAGUCUAA